AUGGCUGAGUCACUAACUGAUGUUCCUAGCUGUACAGAAAUUGUGGAGACCAGCGAUGAGGGAAAAAAGAAAUCCAAAUUUAAAGCCUUUAGGAGCUUUUUUGGCAAGAAAAAGAAAAAAGACCCUGAUGACCUACAGGGAGGGAGACUCUUAAAGCCAUGUUUGUCCAACAGCAAUAUUAACACCUCUUCUCUGAAGCAAGUUGACAAUGACCAACCUGGUGAACCUAGGAUCAAGGGCAACAUGGGGAACAAAGCCCUACCCCAUGAUAGCAUCUUUAUGUUGGAUCCUGAGAUUGAAAGAUCAACAGGCAAAAUGCACCCCUCUUUGGAAUCCCAGAGAGGCAGAUCUCUGCAGAGAAGUCAUGUUUCCAGAACUCUGCCUAGAAUUGGGACUAGUAAUGUACAUGGAGCUUUAUCUGGAGCUAAGUUUGGAGUUGUCCCUCGAUAUGUACCCAGAAGUGGAGUCUGGGUUGCAGAUUCCAAGAUCACUGAGAUCCCACCACUGCGCCCGCGCCAGCCCAGCAUCAGCCCACCUCUUAUCCGUUCUGGCACAAAUAAGGACUUGGAAGAAAUGUCUGGUGAUGAUGAGCUACCUAUGAACCCACAAAUGAAGGCUUCAUCACACAAGAUCUUGGCAGCAAAGAAAAACUACUCUGAAGCAUCAACUGGAACCGGUCUCUCACAGUCCUCAACUGCAUGUGCUUCUUCCAAUGUUACCCAGCAGCCUGUUGGCUUUAGCAUCCCAGCCACCACCCAGGGCCUGGAUUCUUCAGCUGCUCGACACAAAAUGGCUUUAAAUCCCAGGAAACAAAAAAAAGAAGAGCCUUCAAGCGAGUGGAAAGACAUUAAAACACAACUAGUUCAGAUGAAACCAAAGCAGGACGAGACAAGCCUUUCACUGAUUUCUGAAGGAGAAAAGAGUACAAAUAACCCAAAAGAAAUUGAUCAAAAGAAGCUGAAUAAAGAUGGUACAGGUACCUUGAACCAGGACCCGAGCAACAAAACUGAGAUUUAUGAUCAGAAGAUAGCCGAACAGGCUUCAAACACAGAUCCUACUGGGAGCAUGGGCUACCCAAUGUUGGCAGCAUAUGGAAGAAGACGUAGAAGGAAAGGUUCAAGUAUUUUGGGAACAAAUGAGUAUGGGCGAACAGGAUGCCUUCUACCAUCUUGUCAACUGCAUAUCCUGGGUGAUAGAUAUGAUUAUUCACAUUUGGAGAAGACUGCCAGUGAUUGCCCUUUCCGGCACUUAACCUUCGAGAAGCAAACCAUGGAGCAGUUCACAACUCCACAGGCAGAAGGUACUACUUCUCAGGAGUUGCUUUCAGAUAAAGGUGACAUGGUAAAGAAGAAUGUUGGCCUAGAAGUUAAAGCCAAAAAAGCAUCAGCACCACAACCCAUACCUAAAGACAUGGUAGAAUCCAUGGUGAGUGGUCCACCACUCUACCAUGAAAAUGGGGCCUGUGGAGCCAAGAAGCCAGAUGGCAGAGCUUCUCUUUUACCAAUGGUAGGAAGACUUUCUAAAGCCCAAGAAGAGGACAUUCUUUCAGUGGCAGUAGAGGCUCAGGUGCUUAGGGAUCCUUCACAUGUCCAGUCAGGGGAAGAAGAAGCUUCCAGCCAUGGUUUGCAAAAUUCCCAGUCCAAAAUGGAGUUAGCCCAGGGUGUCCCAACUAUCUGCAAAGAAAAGUCUCCUGGAAAUAUUCUCCAGGGCUUUACAGUCAUUAUUCCAGGUGUGGCAAAUAUAGUAGCAGAGGGAAGCCUUUCUACAGAGAGGCUAUCUCCCAGAAGCCUUUCCCAGUCUUUGGAGAAGCCUGAAGAUGAAGAAGUGUCCUCAGAUUCAAAUAGUGCUUCAGAGGAGGGGAGUGUUCAGGAGCAGCGGGCUCCUGAACAUUCCUUCCAGUCCCCACAGAAGCUUGAAGGCGAACAAGAAGGCUUCCCAGAAUCAGAAAGUUUCGUUGAAAUGAGUGGUUUGGAACAGAAUCAGGGUCCUGAAUAUUCUCACAAGUUCUUGGGAAAGCCUCAACCUGAAGAUGCCUCCUCAGAAACAGAUAGUAUUCUUGAGGAGGGGAGAGGUCCUGAGGAAAUGGCCACCAUUCGCUUCUCCCGAUCCUUGCGAAAGCUUGAAGCAGUCUUCUCAGAAUCAAAAAGAUUUGCUGCCGCCUCCAGGUCUCAGGAGAAGCUGGUUUUACAGGAACCUGAAGAUACAGAAUUCUCCACAGAAUCAAAUAGUUAUGCCGAAAAAUGCAACAGUGAUGAUGAUUGGAGCAGCUUGGAGGAAGAUGUAUCUCUCAGAAACUCUGACCAGGCCUUGGGGAAGCCACAAGACCAAAGAGAAGUGUCCUCAGUUUCGAAGAACACUCCUAAAGAGUGGAAAGUUUCGGUCAAACAGAUGCCCCCCAGGCACCCUCCUCAGAUAGUUCAGCAACAAGUGUUCUCAAGUUCAGUGAGCCUUUCUGCAGGAUAUAGCAGUUCUUUGGAGCCAGUAUCUCCCAGCUGUCCUUUCCAGCCAUGGGUGAGCCCUAAAUUUGGGCCAAAAGGUCCCACAGGUCCAGAGAACAGUGCAGUUGAGUGGGGCAUUUUUAUGGAUCCACUCCCUCCCAGACUUCUUUCCAAGCCCUUGAUAAACCCUAAAGUUCAACAAAACAUGUUCUCGGGUUCAGAAGUUAUUACUUCUGUGGAACCACUGUACCCCAAGUAUUCUCCCCAGUCCAUAACAAAUCCUCAAGUCCAGCAAAUGUUCUCAGAAGACACUGCUGUUGAAAAGGGCAUAUUCAUGGACCUGCCCCCUGGAAAACAUUUGAUGAGGCCUCAUUUCCACCCACAGAUGACUGUAGACUCAGUGAACAUUUCUUCACAAUGGGCCAAUCCUGAGGAGCCAGUGUCUGCCAGACACACCUUCCAACCAUGGAUGAACCCUACAUUUCAGGAAAAUGUCUCUGCAUGUGCAGAGAACCCUCAGGUUGAAGGGAACGUUUCUACAGAGUCAGUGUCUCCCAGACACCCUUUGCAGUCGUGGCUGUUCUCUGCAUUUAAGCCAGCCUCUGCAAAUUCAGAGAGCUCUGAUACCCAGUGGGGCAUCCCUAAAGCUCCACCAAUUCCCAAAAUAUCUCCUCAGCCCCCGAUGAGACCAGUAAUGAAGCAACCAGUCUCCAUGGGUUCAGCAAGUGCUUCUGCACAAUGGAGUGGUUCUCUGGAGCCAAUGCCAAGAAACCCUUUCCAGUCAUGGGUGAGCUCUAAACUUGAGCAACAAACCUCUGCAGGUCCAGAGAACUCUGCAGCUGAAGGGAGUGGUUCAAUGGAAUUGAGACCUCCUGGACAUCACUUACAGUCCCAGAAGAGACCAGCAGUCAAGCAAGAAAUCUCCUCAGGUUCAGUGAGCACUUCUAUAGAACGGAGCUGUCCAAUACCUCCCAGAUAUACUUACCAGCCAUGCGGGAACCCUCAAAUUGAGCAACAAGCCUCUACAAGUCCAGAAAGUGUUACCAUUGAGGGAGGCAGUACUAGAGACGUGCUGCUUUCCAACCCUCAUUCCCGUUCUGUUAUGAAGCACAUAGUCCAGAAAGGGUCCCCAAGUUUUGAGGGUGCUACUGUUGAGGAAGGUAAUUCUGGGAGGGCAUUGCCUCCUGAGUAUCCCACCCAGUUCUCAGUGAGGUCUAAAGUUCAGGAAAUGUCCUCACGUCUAGAGAAUCCUGCUGGUGAAGAAGAUUUUUCUAAGAAACCACUGCUUCCCAGUCCUUCCGAGUCAUUUGUGAAGUUUAUGGCACAGCAGAUCUUCUCAGAGAGUGCUUCUGUUCAUGGGGGCAUGUAUGCAGAUCCUCUCUCGCUAAGUCAUCCUUUCAAAUCUUUGCUGAGGCCUAAAAUGGAACACCAUGUUUUCUCAGAUUGGGAGAAUGCUGACUCUGAGGGAGGCACUUCUUUGAAGAAGCUACCUAUGAAGCACCCUUUACAGUCAGUGGGGAGGCCUGAAGGCCCACAAGAAGGUCUCUCAUAUUCAGAGAAUGUCCCUAGCAAGUGGAGCAGUUCUAAAGGGCAGGUACCUACCAGACAGUUUUCCCAGGUCCUGGGGAAGUUUGAGUACCAGCAGGAAGUCUCCUCAGUUUCUGAUGACUCCCCAGAAGAGUGGAGGAUCUCUGAAGAGCAUAUGCCUUCCAGACACCCUUCCCAAACUUUGGAUGGAUCUGAGCAGCCACCAAUUUUAUCACCAGGCUCAGGGAAUGUUCCUGUAGAUUGGAGCAGUCCUGCAGAGGCCUCCUUUCCUGUUAAUCCUUUCCAGGCAUAUGGAAAUCCUGGAUACCAGCAACAGACCCACUCAAGUUCCACGAAUGUUGCUGCUGAGGGAACCAUUUUUGAGAACAAUCCAGGCAAUUGGUCCUUAUCAAAAUGCCCUGUUUCUCCAAAUAAAACCAAGAAAUUCAGCCAAGUUUCAGAAGACUUCAUUAAGAGCAUCCCAGUCUCUGCUAACAAACCUGGGAAGUUCAACAUUACUCUUCCUGGGAAAACACCCAUUUCUGGGAGUGCUUACAUUAAGGAGGAAGUUCUUCAGAGUGGUACUGGACAUAAUGAUGGCCAUACCAGCAUACCCAGCAGUGAAGCUGAGGUGGAAAACCUUUUUGGAGUCCGACUGAGAAGAAUCCCUUCUCCACAGAAAUUUAAGAAUGAGAAACGAGAUAAUUUGGCACAAUUUUCUUCAGUGCGCUUGGGCCCAAUUGCACACUCUGUGGGCAAGGAACGGCACAUGAGAAGAAGCAAUCCACAGGUGUUCCUGAGUACCCCAGAAGACCUCAGUGAUAUUGCUAACUUUGCAGAGAAGCAACAGAACAGGAAUAAAUUGGAAAGCAUGCUCAAGAGGCCACCAGUUUACAUACCCCCAGGAAAGUCUUCUUGUCACCAGUCAGACUGUGCCAUCACAGAGGCAGUUUGGAUAACCAGGACAAAGCAGAGACAGAGAGGCUCCCAGGCCUAUAUUCCUAAAAAGGAGCUAAAACCCACAAGUAGAACUGGAGCCAAGGAUGAGACCAAGGAUCCUAGAUAUGGGGGAGCUGGCUCUGCAAAUGAAAGCCAAGUAAAAAAGAUUUUGACUUCUACUGUCCAUAUACAGGAGAAGAUGCCACCAACGAAGCCACCUAAGCCUGCCAAAUCAGUUGCUUUUGAAGAUCAGAAGACACUUCGCAUGUCUGCGAUAGAUAAAGAAACUAAACGAUCUUCAAGUCUUCCAGCUGGGCCCGAACAGCCACUGGAGCCUGUUGAGCCUGUGGAGCCAGAUGAGCCUGUUUGGUUCUCUAUGGCCAAGAAGAAAGCCAAAGCAUGGAGUCACAUAGCAGAGAUCAUGCAAUAA